GACCUCCUGACGUGGCAACGCUCCUUUAGCAGCCAUGUUGGGGUCUACGUCAGCGGGCCGCUUCCCAGAGCUCAGAGCCGCCGCCACCGCUGCCACGGACACGCCGCUGUCUCCCCUCGGGAAGACUUUGCCUGUUGCAGUGCAAGAUGGCAACUUUCCAGGAGUUCAUCCAGCAGAACGAGGACCGGGAUGGUGUGCGCUUCAGCUGGAACGUGUGGCCCUCCAGCCGCCUGGAGGCCACCCGCAUGGUUGUCCCCGUGGCCGCUCUCUUCACACCGCUAAAGGAGCGGCCCGAUCUGCCCCCCAUCCAGUACGAGCCGGUGCUGUGCAGCCGCGCCACCUGCCGGGCUGUGCUCAAUCCUUUGUGCCAAGUGGAUUACAGGGCAAAACUCUGGGCCUGCAAUUUCUGCUAUCAGAGAAAUCAGUUCCCGCCUACAUAUGCUGGGAUAUCUGAGAUGAAUCAACCGGCUGAGCUCCUUCCUCAGUUCUCUACUAUUGAAUAUGUGGUCCAGAGGGGUCCCCAGAUGCCCCUGAUUUUCCUCUACGUGGUUGACACCUGCAUGGAAGAUGAGGACCUGCAGGCCCUGAAGGAGUCCCUGCAGAUGUCCCUCAGCCUGCUACCCCCCACUGCCCUGGUGGGCCUCAUCACCUUUGGCCGCAUGAUCCAGGUCCACGAGCUGGGCUGUGAGGGCAUCUCCAAGAGUUAUGUCUUCAGAGGAACCAAAGACCUCAGUGCUAAGCAGCUACAGGAUAUGCUGGGUCUUACCAAGCCAGCAGCAGCCCAGGCCGGGCGGGGUCCACAGAUGCCCCAGUCUCCCCCCUGUAACAGGUUUCUGCAGCCAGUGCAGAAGAUUGAUAUGAACCUGACUGACCUCCUUGGGGAGCUCCAGCGGGACCCCUGGCCUGUCACCCAGGGCAAAAGGCCGCUGAGAUCCCUGGGAGUGGCUAUGUCAAUAGCUGUAGGCUUGCUGGAGUGCACCUUCCCGAACACUGGGGCUCGCAUUAUGACUUUCAUUGGUGGGCCGGCCACCCAGGGCCCUGGCAUGGUGGUGGGGGAUGAGCUGAAGAGCCCCAUCCGCUCCUGGCAUGACAUCGAAAAGGACAAUGCCAAGUUCGUGAAGAAGGCCACCAAACACUACGAGGCCCUGGCGACACGUGCCUCCACCAAUGGCCACAUCAUUGACAUCUAUGCCUGUGCACUGGACCAGACCGGCCUGCUGGAGAUGAAAUGCUGUGCCAAUCACACAGGAGGUUAUAUGGUCAUGGCAGAUUCCUUUAAUACAUCCUUGUUCAAGCAGACCUUCCAAAGGGUUUUUACCAAAGAUGUUCAAGGGUCUUUCAAGAUGGCCUUUGCAGGUACCCUUGAGAUAAAGACAUCGAGAGAAGUCAAGGUAUCGGGAGCCAUCGGUCCCUGUGUCUCCCUGAAUGCCAAAGGGCCCUGUGUCUCAGAGAAUGAAAUCGGAACAGGAGGAACCUGCCAGUGGAAGAUCUGUGGACUGGACCAGAGCUCCACAUUGGCACUCUACUUUGAGGUAGUCAACCAGCACAACGCGCCCAUCCCCCAGGGUGGUCGUGGGGCGGUUCAGUUCGUAACCCAGUACCAGCACUCAAGUGGCCAGAGGCGCAUCCGUGUCACCACCAUUGCCCGGAACUGGGCUGACGCACAGACGCAGAUCCAGAGCAUCGCUGCCUCCUUCGACCAGGAGGCCUCGGCCAUUUUGAUGGCGCGCCUGGCUGUGUACCGGGCUGAGACCGAGGAGGGGCCCGACGUCCUGCGCUGGCUAGACCGGCAGCUUAUCCGCCUGUGCCAGAAGUUUGGAGAUUACCAUAAGGAUGACCCCAAUUCUUUCCGGUUCUCUGAAACUUUCUCCCUCUAUCCCCAGUUCAUGUUCCACCUGAGAAGGUCGCCCUUCCUGCAAGUGUUCAACAACAGCCCGGACGAGAGCUCCUACUACCGCCACCACUUCAUGCGGCAGGACCUGACCCAGUCCCUCAUAAUGAUUCAGCCCAUACUCUACGCCUACUCCUUCAACGGCCCCCCCGAGCCCGUCCUCCUAGACAGCAGCAGCAUCCUGCCUGAUCGCAUCCUCCUCAUGGAUACCUUCUUUCAGAUUCUCAUCUACCACGGAGAGACAGUGGCUCAGUGGAGGAAGGCCGGGUACCAGGAGAUGGCAGAGUAUGAGAACUUCCGGCACCUGCUGCAGGCCCCGGUGGACGACGCGCAGGAGAUCCUGCACAGCCGCUUCCCCAUGCCGCGCUACAUCGACACAGAGCAUGGCGGCAGCCAGGCUCGUUUCCUGUUAUCGAAAGUAAACCCCUCCCAAACCCACAACAACAUGUAUGCAUGGGGCCAGGAGUCGGGAGCGCCAAUCCUGACAGACGAUGUGAGCCUGCAGGUGUUCAUGGACCACCUGAAGAAGCUGGCUGUGUCCAGCGCCGCCUGAAGAUGCGAGAGAUGCUUAUGCUCGCAGUGCUUCAUAGCAGCACGCUCCUCUGCACGCCCACCAGCACUGGCUAGUGUCAUCAGUGCCCCUGUGAGAAAAGGCUACAUGGACUGCAGACAAACAAGAACGGCUGCAAAGAGAAAAAAUACCUUCUUGUCUUUUGAGCAUAGCGACAAUGUACAGAUUUAGGACCAUUAUACCUCAGAUUAUUUGAUUCAAAAGGUAAUUUAAUACAUGGCAGUGCAUUGGGCUGGGAUGAGGGAGAUGCCUGUUUCAAACACUACAUUUUUUUUCUUUUUCAAAACCGGCAUCACCCUGAAGUGGAGUUGUGUUUAUUUUUCUGGAUGUAGUAUUGAGAUGCCAUUAUUGAUCUGCCUAGCUAAGAAUUCAGCAGUCAGUCUCCAUAACCCAGGAGUUCAGGCAGGAUGCAAAACUGAAUCAUACCUUUAAUUAAAAACAAGUGAGCUUCUGAAUUGUUUGCUGUACCAGACCUGGAGACUGUCAUACCCCUUAGUUUAAGAUGUGUGAUAAUUGUUCUGCUACUCUGCUCCUAAUGAGUCUUACAGCGAUGUUUGUCUCCAGUAGUUCCAGUGGGGAUUCAAGCCAGUGCUUCUCAUUGCAGACUUGCACGAAAUGACAGCUGCCUUUGUCUAUGCUAUUCCUGCCUUGUUUGUAACAGUAUUAGCUCUGGUCUUUCUAAUAAAAACAAACCUACCUGACAUACCACCAA